GUCCUUACAAGUAAGCCAACUUCCAAAGCUUGUGGUAGUGCAGCAGCCAGAGAAAUAGUAAAGAUGGAAGGAGAAAAUGGAAGGAAGCUGAAAAUAUUGUGCCUCCAUGGAUUCAGAACCAGUGGGAGUUUUCUGAAAAAGCAAAUCAGCAAAUGGGAUCCUUCUAUUUUCUCUCAAUUUGAUUUGGAAUUCCCAGAUGGUAAAUUCCCUGCUGGUGGGAAAUCUGACAUAGAAGGCAUCUUCCCUCCACCUUACUUUGAGUGGUUUCAAUUCAACAAGGAAUUCACAGAAUACACUAACUUGGAUGAAUGCAUCUCAUACUUGUGUGAAUACAUCACCGCCAAUGGCCCUUUUGAUGGUUUCCUUGGCUUCUCACAGGGCGCAACACUUUCAGCACUUCUAAUAGGCUAUCAAGCACAGGGGAAGUUGCUGAAGGAGCAUCCACCCAUUAAGUUUUUUGUAUCAAUAUCAGGUUCCAAAUUCAGAGAUCCCACGAUAUGUAAUGUUGCAUACAAGGACCCCAUCAAAGCUAAGUCUGUUCACUUCAUUGGUGAGAAAGAUUGGUUGAAACUUCCUUCUGAGGAGCUUGCCUCUGCAUUUCAUAAAUCCCUUCUAAUAAGGCAUCCACAAGGUCACACUGUCCCACGUUUAGAUGAAGUUUCCACCGGUCAGUUGCGGGAUUGGGUUGCAGGAAUCCUUGGUGAACCAAAAGAUGGUGAACCAAAAGAUGGUGAACCAAAAGAUGGUGUCCCAAUUGGUGAGCAUGAAACACGCCAUGAAGAAAAGAAAUCAGAGGAGAAAGGGAGCAAGGUAGAAGUUAAUAGUACCAAUGGAGACAAAGAGGUAAAUGGAGUGGAAAUAAACAAGGGGGGUGCUGAGACAGUAGAGGUGGCCCAAGCCUGAAGUUCAAAAGCAACUGAAAUUUAAUAGAAAUUAUAAUGCCUGUUAUGUUGUCUUGAUCUUUAAUGUGAUUGUAAAGACAUCCCUUGAGAAAAAUGAUAAGGGAAAAGAGGAGAAAAACAUUGAGUAAUUCUGAACUGUAUCUGAAAGUAAUUUCUGAAUUCAAUGAAUAUAGAUGCAAAUUUUGAGAGUAA